GUAUUUAGCAUUAGUCAUAUAGGUUAACAAAAAUAACACCAGCCAUUGUUAUAAGUACGUCAUUGAAAACAAGUAAUUCUCUGAAUACUUGUUAAACAUCCAAUAGCUACUGCUAUUAUAUUAUCAUUUUAAGUACUAGAUAAGAGUUAUUUCCGGUUCAAUAAAAAAGGCUCGUUUCUGUCUGCGAUACAGUACACAAUCAUACAAUUGAUACAUCGUGCUAGGUUGAUUUAACAAAUACAAACGAUUAUCAGUAUGGCAUCUCAGGUGCACGAAUUUAAUGUAGAAAUGACAUGUGAAGGAUGUGCCACCGCUGUAACAAAUGUACUUAAUAAGAAGGAAGGUAUUAACAAUGUACAAGUAGAUCUACAAGGAAACAAGGUGUCUGUAACAUCUGCACUUCCUUCUGAUGAAAUAUUACAAGUUAUUAAGAAAACUGGAAAGUCAUGUCAAUUUUUAGGAAUAAAAAAAUAAUUGUAUUAUAGAUUUAAUGUUACUUUUUGUUAUAUUAAAAUUUAUAUUUUCGUUCUUCUACAAAAUUAUUGUAUUGUAUGUAGCUUUUUACAUUAAAAUCUCAAAUUUUACAAAAAGGGUAUACCUAAAAUUCAUCUUUAUAACACUGUACUAAUAAAUCAAUUUAAAAAUUUA